UUUUUUAAAGACGUUUCCUAGAAAAGAAGUAUCAUCUCUCAUUCUACAAGAAGGGCAAAUAUAAACCGCAAAUACCCCACUCUGUUCUUUUUGCCCCGCUGUUUACAGUAACAUGUUCGCAGCCACCUGUCCGAACUGCGCGUAGUGUGGCUUGUGGGAGCCGUUAGCAUUAGCAUUAGAAUUGCUAGGCCUGUUGUGUGUUAUUAGCUUAGCACUUUUUUUCCCCCACCUUCAGCACAUAUAUUUUUUUUGUUAAUUUUUGCUUUAUUUCUUAUUUUUCUUCUGGAGAAAUGAUUAUUGAAAACCUCGAUGCCUUGAAGACGUGGCUCACCAAAACUCUCGAACCAAUAUGUGACGCCGAUCCGUCUGCGCUCGCUAAAUAUGUGGUGGCUUUGGUGAAGAAGGACAAGUCGGAGAAGGAGCUGAGAGCACUAUGCAUAGACCAGUUGGAUGUAUUUCUCCAGAAGGAGACUCAGACAUUCGUGGAUAAACUUUUUGAAGCUGUGAACACAAAGAGCUACCUACCUCAGGUUGAGACGAUGAGCUCCACAGACAGGUCGGAGGGUCAUGCACGCUCCGAGAAAGACGAGCAGAAGAAAGACGAGCCGGGUCGGGAUGAUGAACGAGAGAAGAAGUUCUCCAGGAGAGUGAACCACAGUCCCCAGCCCGGCUCACGUUACAGCCGAGACAGCAGGAGGAUUGAUGAACGUAAGAAAGACGAUCGGUCUAGAAAGCGGGAGUACGAUCGUCCUCCACUCAGACGCGACUCGUAUCGAGAGCGCUACAACCGGCGCAGGGGGCGGAGCUACAGCCGAAGCCGGAGUCGCAGCUGGAGCAAAGACAGAGUGCGGGACCGGGAACGAGAUCGCGAAAGAGACAGAGAUCGCGAGAGGGAUCGGGAACGCAGCAGGACGCGCAGCCGAUCCAGGUCUCGGAGUCGAGAGAGGGAGCCUGGAAAACCAAAGUAUGACCACGAGCGACCGGAGGGUGGAGCCCCGAGGCCUUCCCACCCCACCCCACCCCUUGCCUCUGCUCCAAGCUCCUCCCAUUUUCCCGUACCUGCUCUCAGCAGCACCAUCACAGUCAUUGCUCCCACUCACCAUGGCAACAGCACCACAGAGAGCUGGUCUGAUUUUCACCAAGACCAAGUUCCAUAUGGUAGAGCGGCUCCACCCCCUUCACGCAAACGGUGUCGUGAUUAUGACGAGAAAGGGUUCUGUAUGCGGGGUGAUAUGUGUCCGUUCGACCACGGCAGCGAUCCAGUGGUGGUGGAAGACGUCAACCUUCCCAGCAUCCUCCCCUUCCCACCUGCGCCGCAUCCUGUCGGGGAUGGUCCGCCCCCUCCGGGUCUGCCGCCACCUCCCGCUCUACUCCCACCUCCACCGGUUAACCUCCGGCCCCCUGUGGCUCCUGGAAGCCUCCCACCUGUCACAGGUCCUCCUCCACCUCUCCCAGCUCUGGAUGCUCCUCCCAACUCCAUGAACAACUCUGUCCCCUCCAUCGUCUCUACGUCUCGCCCCCUGCUCCCUCAGCCUCCACUGCACCUGGUCACUUCAGGACUCCGACCCCCACUGUCACAGCCACCACCGCCCCUCUUUACACCGGGUAAACAUUAUAACAUCGGCGCAUUUGGAAAUUCAUUUGAACCGGACGUCUAUAACCCUGAAGCUCCGAGUCUGAACUCUCGCCCGCCGUAUAGACCCCGAGUCAACGUGCAGAGACCGAACCUUAUCGGCCUCACUAUGGGAGAAGUGGAUCGUCCUCCGCGAGAUAAAAUGCUGAACAGCAAUGCUGCCCGGAUCGUUUUGGAGUCUGACUUCAGGAAGAGAGGGCCGGGCCACCAUGAUGGGGGCCUUCCAGCUAAAAAACCUUGGUUUGAUAAGCCAAACUUCAACAAGCCCAACCAUCACGGAUACUAUAAGAAACUGCCGCUUUCACUGCCGCUUCCUCUGCCUAACACUAAGCUGGCCAUCCGGCAGAUCCCACCUGAGCUGAACAACAUCAGCAAACUUAACGAGCACUUCAGCAAAUUUGGGAAAAUCGUUAACCUGCAGGUGGCAUAUAAAAAUGACCCCGAAAGUGCCCUGAUCCAGUUCGAGUCUCCGGAGGAAGCGAAGCGCGCUAUACAGAGCACAGAGGCCGUCCUGAACAACCGAUUCAUCAAAAUGCACUGGCACAGAGAUGACGGGCCGCCCGGCACACAAACACACACCCCGCUCAACAUGCAGAGCGUACAGCAGCCUGAAGCCACCAGUCUGAAGCAGUCGGUGAAGGAUCGUCUCGGCCCCCUGCCCUCGAACAGCACCGAGCCUCUGCAGGAUGCCACGCCUCCAUCACAGUCUUCACAGAGUGCGGCUCGAUCAUCGGUCAAGGAUCGCCUGGGCUUCUCAAAACCAGCAGCGGCAGCUGAAGGAAAGGUCUUCUCCACCUCCACUGGACUCACAAAGACGUUUUACAACCCGGCCGCACUCAAGCCAGGGCAGAAGGGUGGGGUGACUGGUACAGCGGCCAGUGUGGAGGACGCACUGAAGAAGAAGCAGGAGGCACUAAAACUUCAGCAAGAUGUCCGGAAGAAGAAGCAGGAGAUUUUGGAAAAGCACAUCGAGACUCAGAAGCUUCUGAUUUCCAAGCUUGAGAAGAACAAGUUGAUGAAAGCGGAGGACAAAGCGCAGCUGAUGCAGACGCUCAACACUCUGACCGACAGUAUCACCAAACUGCAGGAGGAGAUCAAGAGCCUUUCUAGUGCACACACACUGCAUGGCGGCAUCAAAACCAAGGCCCAGGCUCAGAAGGAGUUAUUGGACACUGAACUCGAUCUAUACAAGAAAACGCAAGCUGGAGAAGACACUGCUCAGCUCAAACUCAGAUACACGCAGCUGCAGCUCGAGGCGGCUAAGCGUGGCAUUCUGACCCCAGGGCGUGGGAGGGGGGCCCAUACCCGGGGUCGCGGGACGGCGAGGGGGCGUGGCCGGGGCAUUAGAGGGAGAGCGAGAGGGGUUCCUAACCACGCUGUGGUGGAUCAUCGACCCCGCGCUCUGGAGAUCAGCGCCUUCUCUGAGGCUGACCGAGUGGACCUGCUGCCACAUUUUGCUCAAUUUGGGGAGAUUGAGGACUGUCAGAUGGAGGACUCCAGUCUCAGUGCCAUCAUCACCUUCAGAACCCGAGCAGAGGCUGAACAGGCGGCCGUUCACGGCGUGAGGUUGAACAAUCAGGAGCUGCGUCUCUCCUGGUACAAACCAGCCGUCCCGCUCAGCGUGACCGACCCUGACGAGGCAGAGCCUGAGGAAGAUGAGUUCCAGGAGGACACGCUGGUAGACGACACGCUGCUGCAGGACGACGACGAGGAAGAAGACGACAACGAGCCACGUUCAUGGCGCAGAUGAAGAUGUCUCUCGGCCUAGUCCCGCCUCCAGCCUCGCAUCACUUCCUGUUUUCAUUUCAUUUUUGUUUUGGGCAAAUGGUUGUUUUUAAUUAAUGAGAAUGCCAUUCAUGUUUUAUGUAUUAGCAGUAGCGAUGAGCCGAUGUCUCUCUCGGCACGGUUCACACAUUCUUUCUCACAGUGCAAAAAAACAUCACAAGUUAACUUUUUUUGUUGAAUCUCGUGUAACACGUGAAGCCACGUUUAAUUUGUAAAAGGAAAAAAAAGCAAUCCGGUUACCUUUUAAUUUCUAAGGGCAUGUCGGGGUCACAGAUAGGAUGUCUUCAUUUAGCACAGGUAGCCAUCUGAGCUUGUUUGUGUACAUAUUUUAUGUAUGAGUUUUAAUGAUUUGUAUGACAGCUUUGCUUCUCCUGGCUUACUCUGAAUUGUAAAAAAAAAAUAAAGAAUUGAAAUGGUCUAGAAAAAAAAUCAGCUAAAAAAAGAACAACAAAAAAAGAAUCUCAAGCUGCUGCUGCAGCACUGGUUUGAAAAAAAAAAAGAAGAAAAAAAAGAAAAAAAUGGCUGAAAAUAUAAAGACCAUUUCAAAACGACCCCCACCCCCCCAA